AUGGACGCGGCGUCACCCCGACAGCCUAUGUGGUAUGAUGAAUUGUGUUUAGUACAAAAUCCUUAUUUUCGGCCAAUGGAUGUUAACUGUUGGCCUUGUGAAGAUGUUCGCAGCAUACUUGAUCUGACUGGAGUGGAAAACCCUCCAGAUUAUCAACCUCAUAGUGUUUUUCCAUAUUUAGUGAAGGGUGCAGCAACAAUAGUCACUUACGAGGAAUUAAGAGAAAUGUAUUUUGCUUAUGAAAAAAUGCUCAAUCGAGAUUCUUACUCUAUCCAGUCAUCAGUGCCAAAGUGGAGAACUAUUGCAGACUUGAUGAAUCAUAAAUUACAUGAAAACCCAUCACCAAAUAAAGAUGCCCAUGUAGUAUGGAGAUUAAAUCGAUUGGAACCUGUUCGAGCAAUACGGGAGCUGUUUCCUCGCCCAAAGUUUUUGUUGAACUCUGUGAAUGUGGAGAGAUUUAUAAUUAUUGAUGAACCUGAAACUCCUCAAUAUACUUUGCCAUUCCCUGAGGGAUACAAAGUUUUCCUAAUGCAAGGGAGUGGAGAGCGUCUCAUUAUUCUGGAACCAGUGGAAGCGUGUGCCUUCAAUUGUUCCAGGGUAUCAGUAUUGCUCAAACCAUCAUAUUUUCUGUUUUAUAAUAGCUGGUUUUACCGACCAAAAAGCAGUCCAGUUCAUGAUAGUACAAGCAUUGCCAUCACCUAUAUUGGUUCACACUAAAGUACAAUAUAUUUUGCCAUAUAUAUAUUUAUAGAUAUACAGAGAGAGAUUUACUUAUUUUGUUAUUAUUUAAUGCACAUUAUAUGCGUAUUUACACACUAAACUAUAUAAUUUUUAUCCUGAAAACCUUUUCUCAAGUGAUGUUAAUAUAAUUGCCAUGAUAUAUUUUUGUUGUAAUGGUGAUAAUAAUGGAAUGUUAUCAUGUAAUCAUAUCAAUUGUAAUGCAAAUGAAGUUGACUGUCAUUUGUGUAGUAAGUAGUGAAUGUAAUAUUGUCAAAAUUGUACAGAAUUGAAGUCAUUUAUUAAAUGUUGUAUUCUGAUUGCAAGAACAUUUGACUAAAUUGUAUUCAAAAGACAAGAAAAGAAAUUUUGUACUUUUAGAAAGAAAUUUGAAGUAAAUGUAAUAUUGUUAACUCCCAGAAAAAAAUGUGAGAGACACCUAGGACUUAAUGCAUUAUCCACUUAAUAUUUCAAAAUGUUCAGUAAUUUUUCCCUUCACAAAUUGUCUGUGUUUUUAAAAUGGUACAUUUUGAUUUGUGAAUUUCAUCAAAUUGUAAAAUAACUAUUUAAUAGAAUCAUCCUUAUUCAUGAAAAAUGUGUUCUCAUCCUCAUUGAAUGGUAAAAAUAGGAUGAUUUGAAAAUAACAAUGUAACAGAAUAAAAAUAAUUUGUAAUUUUCUUGGGUUUUGCGGUUUUGACUGUACUUUUGAAACAUAAGUUUCCAGAUCUGCAUUUUAAUAAUGUGUUUCCAUCAGGAAACAAAAGAUUUUGCAAGAAAUAAACAUUUCUAUGAGAAA